CUAAAAAGUGAAGAAAAAGUCUAGUCUCUAGCCACCACCUCAGCCAUGGACGGACAUUCCCUCUCCUCCGCCACUCCUCUCAUCCACCAUGACCACCGCAAUACUUGGUGGCGCCGCCACUUGCAACUUAAAAACAGCCUCUCAUCUGAACUCUCCGGAGCAGUUGGGGACUUGGGAACUUUCAUCCCAAUAGUCCUGACCCUAACUCUGGUGUCCAACCUUGACCUCUCUACCACCCUUAUCUUCACAGCCUUUAACAACAUCUCCACCGGGCUACUCUUUGGUAUCCCCAUGCCCGUCCAGCCCAUGAAGUCCAUCGCAGCCGUGGCAGUCUCUGAGACCCCUCACCUAACCCCCUCCCAGAUCGCCACUGCAGGUGCCUCCACGGCCGCAACUCUUUUAAUCCUCGGCGCUUCCGGUCUCAUGUCCACCCUCUACCGUUUCCUGCCCCUCCCCGUCGUGGCACAAGGAGGGCAAGGGCAAGGGCAAGGGCAAGGGCAAGCUGCUUACAGUUCACUUGUCUGUGAUUCUAGAGCUAAUGUCUAAAACUAGAUUCUGGGACCAUUUUAUCCGAAAAGUCCACACAAAAUGAAAUUAGACAAGGACAUGGCUGCUAUCUGUGUACUAACACGCACUGAGGGAAAAGGUUGAUUUGAUUGCCAAUGAAAGGGGUAAUUGAUA